AUGCGGGACGAGUACCGGAGGCUGCUCCGGACUCUGGGGGCCGACGUCCGCGCACGCCUCCCAAAGAGCAUGGAAACCUUGACGCACCUCGUAUGGCAGGGGGGUGAUGAAGGCACCGCGCAGAAGGCGUCUGAUGCCGGGGUUGCGCUUGUCUCUCCUUCCUGGGUGCACGUCUGCGACAAGGGGGGGGUGCAUGCGGCGGAACAUGACCAUCCUGCCGCGUUCAGCCCUGACUUGUACGCGGUGGUCGCGGACAAGAAGAAGCGUAAGGCGCGACGCAAGCCAGCGCGCCGCAAGCCCACGCUGGAGCCGACCAUCGACGAGUGGCAGGACGUGGACAAGACUGGCUUGUGCUUCUCGAGCUCCCAGAGGGACCCGCCUGAUCUCGGGUUGGAGGCCGACGACCUGGUCGGAGAAGACAGAAGCAGCAGCCACAACAGCGGCCGGGGUGAAGCGGCCGCGAAAGCGAAACGCGAGGCUUCUUCCAAGCGCUCCAAUCACGCCUCCUCCUCCUCCUCCUCCUCCGCCUCCCGCAGCAAGUGGUCCGAGCCACGCGACGACGACGACGACAGCGGCGGCGGCGGCGACUCCUCGCCCCCUCCUGCCACAGAGGGACGGGAUGCCCCGUCUUACGUCCGGGACGGCGGCGGCGGCGGCGGCGGCAGCGGCAGUGCGGGGAGUCGUAGCGGGAAGAUUGGAGACGCCCCCCUGAGAUCUCGGUCUGCGUUGCCGCUGGCCUCUCCGAGGAAUACGUACGGGAGCGGCCGCUUCUCCCGGCGGUCUUCCGAACCCUCGGCGGCGGCGGCGCCGGUCAAGGGGACGGCGGCCGUCCGCGCCGGUGGCGGCGGCGAUGGUGAAGAGGAGGUGGUCGAAGAAGAUGAUGAUGAUGAUGAUGAUGAUGAUGGUUGGUUCGGGGAGGACGGGGCCGCCGGUGGUGGCGGCGAAGCGCCCACGGAGGAGGUAGGCGUCGACCUGGAAUCGACGGUUUUGGCGGAUCAAGGCCCCGACGAGGAGAUGGAGACGGGCCUCAACGACACGGUCGUGGCAGACGACGAUGCCAGCAACACGGAUACCGACAGCGAGACCGCUGCCCGUGCCGUGAUGGCGGAGACGAGCGCCGGUCGUCCGGCCGGGAGAUCCGGGCGGUGUGGUGCCGCCGUCAGCGGUGGCGGUGGACAAUGCCCUGCGGGCGACCAUGACGAAAGCCGUUGCGAUCAACAAGGGCCCCGGCCAUCGUCCUCCACAGCACCACCACCGGAGGAAGAGAACGCAGUAGCAGGCGGUGCUGCGGGAGGGGACGCCUCGCCGGCAUCCCCGGGGUCGUCGGAGAAGUUCUCUUCCUGGAAGGUGGGCGGGAGAGGGCUGCUCGGGAGGGGCUCCGCGAAGAAGAACGGGAGGCUCCUGGUCACGGGGCUCGGUUCCGCGGGGAGGGUGGGGGGGCCGGCCCGCGCCUCGGCGCCGGUGUUGGCUUCGCCUGGACUGUAUCUGGACGGGGCGAGACGCGGGGGUGGAGGUAGGGCCAGAAGUUCGAGAGCAGGUGUAGGCGUUUCUUCCCCCGGGGACACCAGCGACGUCUUCGGGAUGUCGGAUGGCGACGAGACGGAGCGCACCAUGCUGGACUCAACGGAUUGCGACAGCAAGGCCGCCAACCGCGGGCACGUGAGCCAAUCAGAGGCGGACGAUUCGGAGACCGAUGAUGGCCCCGCCGACGCCGCUACGGGCGGGAGUUACCGGAAGUUGUCGCGGCGUUCUUCUAUCAGGGGACCGCAAACGGGGGCCGGUGGCGGCGGUGGCGGCGGCAGGCGGCAAAGUCGAGUGUCGCCGGGGCCGAGCCCCCGUUUGGCUCCCAAGGGCGUCGGGGGGAGCGGCACCGGAGGCAUCACGACCCCUGUGAGCGGGACGAGGAGGCGGGGGUGCUCAGCGAAGAACCCAAUGCGAGAGCCCGAGAGCGCGGUUCGCGGCAGCGGCGGAGCAGCGGGGGGAAGAGGGACCACGACGCCGGCUUCCGGAUACGCAGCGGACCUGAGCGCGGGCACCUCGAGGGUCUCCAAGGCUAGGGCCAGGACUGGGCCGGCCGCCGGAGGCGGCGGCGGUAGUGGUGAAGGCGGCAGGAGAAGCAGGGCAGGCAAGGGGGCAGGGGAUCACCCGAAAGAACCAGUAGAAGGGGGAGCGGAGGGCGAGGCGCAGGACGGUUGGAGCUGCGGGAAGUGCACCUUCUUGAACGAGCUUGCCGCCCGAAAGUGCGUCAUGUGUCAAAGCGCAGCCCCGAGAGCCUCCCGGAGACCUCCCAGGGCUCGCGGGACCCGAAACGGCACCGAUCCCGCCGCACGUUCCGAGCGGGGGAUGUCGUCGCCCCCUCCUCGUGGCGGAUCCGGCAUCCCGCCUGCUGAAGGCGCCGGGGGCGCCGCGAGUUCGGGCGGACGGGGGGCGGGGGGCGAGAGGGGAUUGUCAUCGGCGGCGGCAGCGGCGGGGGACGUUAGCAGCCCCAACGGCACGUGGGAAGGGUACGAGAUGGGGCGUAGCACGGCUUCCUCAUCGGCGAAGAGCACCAGAGGGCCGCCGCCGCUGGCCGCGCCCGUGUCCAACCGAAAAUUGUGCCCAAAAGUGGGUACCGACAGCGCCGGCAUCGAUCGUGACGUGGAGCCGUCACGAGCAAGCGGUGGCAGUCACGGCAAGCAUCAACAAGGGCUUCUGCAAGGGAACGGUGGCAUUGGCGGCGCAACCCCCCCCGGCGGCGAUGCGCCGCACCACCCUCCCGUUGCUGCGUCUCUGCCGGGACUUGCAUCCCCAGGGACCAGCCUCUUCCGGCGCGCGGCGGCGGGAGCGGUGCCUGGUAGCAGCGUUGUCGACCGGGCGGGCGGCGUAGCAUCGUCCUCCCACGGUAACGCUGGCGCCGGCGACACGGGGGGCGACUCCGGCGGCAGGAGGUUGGCGACGGGAGAGAAGGUUGUCGGCGGCAGGAGGGGGGGGAGCGACGCCGGGGUGAAGGGCGGCCGAGCGGCUGCCACUCUCAACACAACGCCGGGUGGAGGGCAAGGAGCGGGAGUAGUGUCCUUACCCCGACCGUGCGACGAGGAGGAGGGGAGCACCGCGCCAGCGAUUCGGCUUUUCGAGGCCGUGCCUUCCCCUUCGACUUCGCUCCUCGGCCGCCCUCCGCCCGAUGCCGCCGUGCGGGGGGCGGGAGCGGAGACGGUUGCGGCGGGGACGGGCCCGGGUGUGGCUGGCGCUGCGGUUGACGGGGCGGGGCUGCGAGAUGCCGCACGCGGCGGCGAUGACGGUGGGCGUGAUCUCGCGGCCGCCGGCGAGCGGGACGGGGAUGAGGAGGCUGGAGAAGGGGAGACGGGUGGGAUGGAGGUGGCGCCGCAGGUGGGGGGACACCCCCGGGGGAAUGACGCCGACACUGCAGAAGAGUCGGACACGGAAACUGUGCAGAGGAGUUGUCACGACGGCAGCUCCCCCAAAGAAGGCGGGUCCCCGGCUGAUGACCCUGGGACGGAAGCUCCCCCCGGUGGGCAAACCCUGUUGGAGCGUGCUGCGGAGGAGGAGGAGGAGGAGGAGGAGGACGCGUCCGCAGGUGGCGCGGCGUGUACGGCCGCGGCGGCUGUCGUUGACGCCGCCCAAGGCUCGAAUACAGAGAGAACUGGCCGGAGCGGCGUCGGCGAGAGGAGGGGCUCCGCCAGGCUUCGGAACGGGGGCGUGGGAGGGAGACGUCGGGGAGAGAGAGGGAGGAAGGAUAGAGGGGUCGCUUGUUCUACUUCCCCGCUGCCGGGGGAGGGGCAGGAGGCGAAGGACGGUGGUGCUCCCGAGAAGGCGGUGGCCGCGGCCGGCGUUGACGGGGCAGGGCGAGGGGACGGGGGAGACGCCGUGCGGGAAGACGCCUCGGCCGCGCCAGUUGCAUCGCCAUCGGCGGCGGCGGAGGAGGAGGCGUCGGCUGCGACGGCGGGUACCGUCUCUGUGGAGGACGCGGCCCCGGCAGGGCGAGCAGGAAGCAAGCGGCGGGCCAGCACUCGCCGCGGGGUUGCCGCCUCCGUUGCCGCUGCAUCAUCGGCGGUGUCGGCAGGGCGAGGAGGAAGCAAGCGGCGGGUCAGCACUCGCGGAGCUGCCGCUGCUAGUGCCCCUGCGGCGGGGGGAGUGGCUUCUUCGAGUGCUGCGGCGAGAGUGGCUGAUGCUUUGAGCGCGGGGAAGGCUGGCCCGGUGGUGUCUUCGCAGUCUCUGGAUGACAUCACGGAGGCCGUGGUUGCCAUGUCCGCGUUGGUCGGCGAAGAUAGGACCGUCGGACAGCCGGGGGCCUCGCAGGAGAACGCCAACUCGGUGGAGAACCACGAUACGGCGGCGGCGCAACGGCGAAGGCAACAGCAGCCGCCGCCGUCGCAAGGGCAGGGCCAGCGACAAGCCGCCGGGGCCGGUAGUGGCCGCGCCGAAGGCCAGGAAAGCGCCUCAAGCGCAGCAGUGGCGGCGGUGCAAGUUCCGAUGCCGAGGGCGGGGGGGGGGGGCGCAGAGGUAAAAGGGCCUCCAAGGGGGGGGGUUCCCGGCCUGCCGAGGUCGUCAGCCCCGGUCCGGGGAGGACGUCAGCUGAGAAAAAGAAAGGCAAGGGAGGGGUGCGAAACGCCAAACGCAAGGUUUCGAACGCCGUCGGUAGUGACGGUAGCGGUGGUUCUGCUGCGGAGAGGGGGGCGGAGAAGGGGGAGGCGAAAGCGGCAGGAGGAGUGGGGGGGAAGAGGAAGAGGGCGGACGGCGGUGGAGCUGGGGGUGCCACCGCAGGAGGGCGCGGGGGAAGGGGAGAGGAGCGACAAGCUGCAGGGGGUGGUCCGAGUUGUGUUUUCCGGCUUGCAGCCUGGGGAUCGACAGGCGGCAGCCAGCGUGGUUCGGUCCCUGUCCAAGACCCACCGCCCCCACGGCUCCGGGGUUUGCAUGUCUGACGCGGAGGCUUACACUCACCUCGUUAUCCCGGACGUGUCGCGCAGAACGCUCAAGGUGCUGUUCGCGCUCUGUGCGCCGCUGUCGCCGAACGGCCGCCCCCCGGUGGUGGUUACUGUGGCCUGGCUGUACGAGUCGCUGGAAAAGGGUUUCUUCGUGGACUCAGAGGCGUUUAGACCCGACAGAUACCGGGGCCCCGCCCUUGAAGGGGGUUCCGUAGAGGGUCCUGAGGAGGGGGGGUCCGCCACCGCGGCGGGGGCGACGAAGGAGAGCAGGUCCAUCUCGUCGAGCUUGCUCCAAGGAGAGCGGGUGAUGCUGGGGGGAAUCGCAGACCCACCUCCUUCCGUGGUGGAAACCCUGGCUUUGGCCACGGGCGGCCAGAUCACUCACUGUCUCCACGACGCCACGCUGCUCUUGGCGGAGACGGAAACCGCUCUGGAGGCGUGGGUGGAACAACAGAAGAAACCGGAGGCUAGCGGCGGAGGCGGAGGCGGCAGCGGCAGUCGUGGGGUCUCCAAGAUCAGCGCUCGGCCUGGCGGCAACAGCAUCGGCACCGGUCGUCGUGGACUGGGCGCGAGCACGGCGUCUUCCCGCAACGCAUCGAGGGGGGCGGCGGGAGGCAGGCGGGGCGUCCUGGGGAAGGGGAAGGGUAGCGCCGCGGCGGGUCCCGGCGGGUGGGGGGAGGAGGAGGAGAGCGCGCUCAAGGGGCUGGCGGAAAAGUUGGGAGUGGUCCGCCUACCUUGGCUCUUCGAUAGCGUCGAGAAGGGGGUUCGUGUAGACAAGGAGAACUUCCUGAUCAUGGCGGAGGGGACCUCGCAGAGCGGGGCGGAGGGGGAUGCGACGGCAAGCCAGGAGUGGUGAAAAAGCGAACACGUGCCGGUUGCAGCAACUGCCCGUCUGCUUGGCCG